CCCAUUCCGACAAAAUUCCUAACUCUCCAUAGAUCUAUCUCCAUUAUUCACUAUCCGAUUCAUACAAUCUCUUAAACCUCCCAAAUCUCUUCUUUCUUUUUUUUUUUUCCCCCAAAUUAUUAUGUGUACUCUCUUUUUGUAAUAACUUCUCCUAUUUAAUAAAGGAGAUUCGGUGCUCACUAUACUAUAUAAUAACUACAUACGUUACCUUUUUUGAAAAAGAAUUGGAACAUUAAUUCGCCUUUUUGUAAACCCUAAAGUUCUUUUGAUCUCGGUUUUCUUUUGGCGAUUAUAGUUCCGUGUGUACUCAAUAAUGGCGAGCUCAUACUCUGCUCCAAUCGGUGCCACUCAGGUGGGUUCGUACUUUGUUCAACAAUACUAUCAGGUUCUUCAACAACAACCUGAUUAUGUUCAUCAGUUUUAUACUGAUGCCAGCUCUAUUGUUCGAGUUGAUGGUGAUUCCAACGAAUCCGCUUCCGCCCUUGUGCCAAUUCAUACUCUGAUUAUGUCAUUGAGUUUCUCUGGGAUUAAGGUCAAGACGAUAAAUUCUCUUGAAUCUUGGAAUGGCAGUGUUCUUGUUGUGGUAUCUGGUUCUGUCAAGCUGAAGGAUUCCAGUGUGUGGAGGAACUUUGUGCAAACAUUUUUGCUUGCACCUCAGGAGAAGGGUUACUUUGUUCUGAAUGAUGUCUUUCAUUUUGUUAAUGAGGAGGGCAGUGUACUACCUCAAGCACCAGUAGUUUCACAACACAAUCUUGAUGCUCAACCAACUGCCUCUAAUCCUCUUGCAGAGCCACCAGCAGCCCAUGACUAUGCCUUAGAGGCGGAGGCGACUGAAUAUGUUGAUUCAGUUCAUAUACAAGGAAAUGAGACUGUUGAAGAAUAUGGUUAUGAAGAGCAUGAUCAUGAGAACCUAUCUGAGGCUGAAGCUGAGCCUGAGCAUGAUGAUGAGGCAGAGGCUGAGGCUGAUGUUCCAGAAGAGACUCAUUGGGGGGAAGAAACUGCUCAAGUAAGGUCAUUCGAGGAGGAGACUUCUUUCCUAAAUAAUGUGGUCGAAGCCAUGCCAGAGCCUGAGCCUGUUGCAGAAGAACCUGUUGGAGAGCCUUCAAAGAUUAGUUAUGCCUCUAUUUUAAGAGCAAAAGGAAAACCUGCACCGCCAGUUCGUGUCCAGCCAUAUUAUACCAAGAGUGCAGCUCCCGUUUCAGAGUGGCAACCUCCUGUUGAGCAGUCAAACUAUAUGCCCCCAGCUGCGCCAGACACCAGCCUUGACCGGGCAGAUGAAGGAUUUUCUCAAGAAGGGGAAUCAAAGUCUGUCUAUGUGAGGAAUUUACCAUCUACUGUAUCUUCUCUCGAUAUUUUGCAAGAGUUUAAGAACUUCGGGAAGAUCAAGCAAGAUGGAGUUUUCUUAAGAAACCGCCAGGAUGUUGGCAUUUGCUAUGCCUUUGUUGAGUUUGAGGAAGUCCAAGGUGUCCAAAAUGCAAUCCAGGCAUCACCAAUACAGUUGGCUGGAAGGCAAGUCUACAUUGAGGAGAGGAGACCAGCCAGCAGUAGCAUGUCUCGUGGAGGAAGAUCAGGAAGGGGAAGAGGCAGAGGAGGUCGUUCUGGUGGGCGGACUUUUGGUAGGGGAAGCAAUCCUGAUGAUAGAGUGAAGAGCAAUGGCUUCCGCGGUACAUCAUAUUAGAAGUAUGAAAUGCCAAACUUGCCAACUAAGUUAUGAUUCUGCGGAUGAGGAUCAAUAAGGAACGUGGUACUGGUUUCUAGUUAGCUUUUAUUUUUUUGAUGAUUUUUGUCUUCUUAUGCAAGGGAUUUUGUUGCUGCCGGUUCUUUCUUCCCUGAGUGUUUUGAGAGAGAUUUUUCCCAUCUUUCUCCUGUAGUUAAAGUUGUGUUAUUGUUAUGCUCUUUUAAUCCUUUUUUGUCCUGCAAUUCUAGAGGCAAUACUUGUAACUUUGGAGUGAUGCCAAGGGUGAGAAAUAUUUUGAGCAUAUCUGAAAGUAUGGCCUAUGUUGUUAGUAGUGUA